CUCGAUCAAAAUUAGGGUUUCAAAAGCCCUAUCAAAACCCUAAUAUCACAUACAGAAGCGCAAAUAAUUGAAUAAGAAAAGAUGGGAGGCAAAUGUCCAAGCAGGAAAGUAAAGAAGAGGAGAUACUCUCACAAAACAGCUCGCCGCACCAAAUUCGAACUUAAAGGUGACGAUAUGGUGUAUGAUGAGCUACAUAAAGGUGAUACCGAGAAGAAAGCAUUGCCGAUUGAUGAGGAUUUGCCUGGAAUGGGACAAUUUUAUUGUUUACAUUGCGACCGAUAUUUUGCAAAUGUGACUGUGAGGGAUGAUCAUUUUAAGUCAAAACGACACAGGAAACGGGCGAAGCUGAUGAUGGGAUCUGCACCACACACACAACUUGAUGCCGAUUUAGCUGGUGGGAUGGGUAUGCCAGAUAAUGGUCCUAAGCUUAUGUCUGUAUGAACAUUAUGUUUGGUUUUGUUUCUUUAAUUAGUAUAUGUUUAGAGUGAACUGAGCUGAGAGCAGCCACUUGAUGCUGUGAGAAUGGUCUAUGUAAGGUCAAUUGCUUGUAUUGCUGGAAAAGUAAUGAUAAUCAAUUUUGUC